GCAUUGAAACCUAUCGCUUUCUUCCCCCGUGACAUCAUUGUCGAGAAAAUGUCUAACAGAAGAUCAAGACAAUCUUCAAGUGCUCCAAGGAUCUCUGAUGAUCAAAUGAUCGACCUUGUAACUAAGCUCCGUCAGAUUUUGCCGGAGAUUGGCCAACGACGUCGCUCUGAUCAGUUGACAACCUCAGCGAGCGUUUGUCUCAGCUUCUGGAAUCCGUCGAUGAAGAUAGCCCUGAAGCCGCCGUUAUUAGAAGUUUACUCAUGUAAUCUUUAA